AUGACAGAUAUUGGUCUGAUAUUUAUUAUAGGUGUUAUAGAAUUUCUUCUCAGUACAACUUCACCAUGCUAUUUGACUCUGUAUUGGGAAGUAAGAAAGGAUGUCAUAGAUUCUGUCUUUGGUCAUUCAUACCUUGAACAGCAAACAAGUGGUUUUGAUGAUGCUGAGAAUGGUGAUGAUGACUUGGAUUUGGAUGAGGUACCAAUAAUGACUGCGCUUCCACUGGAGCACUUCCUUCAGGGCUCAUACAAAGAGCGAGGAACAUCAGAAUUGUAUCCUUAAGUUAAACCUCAGCUAGAAAUCCAAUCCCAUUGGUGCAACUAUAUAAGCAAAUAAAACCGCAGAGUAACACAGAAAAGCAAUUUAGGACUAAGUGGAUCUGCAAUUCAGUCAUUAAUUUUAAACGAAAAUUAAUUUUUUUGAUCACAAUUAUGAUUACAGACAAAAGGAAGGGAUAAUUUUCUUGGUUUAACACCAAUAAUAUUAUGAAAUGUCACUAAAACUAAAUUUGCAGAAAACACAACAAUGGUCGUUAUGUUUUAGGCCCAGAUCAGAUGCUGAACUUUUCAUGUAGCGAACGUAAUGCAUAAAUUAUCAUGUAUUUUGCAGGUUGACCCUGUUGAAUUUUGUGAUAGCUGGAAUUAAGAUCAGCUUCUGAAUUCAGCUAAGCAAUUUUGUUAAUUCAAAUUUAUCUGGCUCGUAAAAAGUUCGGCAUCUGAACCGGACCAUAUUAAAAUAACAUAAUAGAAAGAAAGAAAUCUUAUAUAGCAGACAUAAUAGUAUUAUUGUUGAAGUGAUUUUAGUAUAAAGGCACAAUGCCUACUGCCCCAUUGCACUGUCCUAUUUAUGAUUAAAUCUGAGUUGCUGCUGGCCAGUCAGACAGGGUGUGUUCUGUGACUAGUUUGGAUCUCAAUCAUGGAAUUGAUCAUGUGGCAGAAUGCAAGAAUCAAUAUUAUUGUUAUUAUACUUUUGGUGACUUUUGAAAUCUUUUCUAGAGAGCCUUCACAUUGUAAACUAACUCAGCUACAAAAUCUUGGCAUGUACCACUGAACACUACAAUGCUAUACAGGACACCCAAGUACCAACCUACUCAGAUAUGCCAAGAUAAACUACAUCUUACUAGGUAUCCUCCAACUUUAUUGACAAAACCUGAAAAUUAGUAAUUGUUAAAGGAAACCAACGUUCAAUUUUUCACCCGCUCUUCAUAAAACAAUAACUACUGGGAGGUGUUAGGAGAAGAAACAGAUAGUGUGAAGUUGAAUGAAGGUUUGGCUAGGAACAUUUUGUCCUUAACUGAAUAUCUUCAGCUAUGACUCAGGUGUAGAUAAUACAAUAAUAGCUGUGCCUCCAACUGAUCUAAAAAUUGCAUCACUAUCAAGUCACCCCUCAGAAGGCAGUAACUCAACAUAUUCGCUUAUAGUGACUGUAGAGAUGUGUCGGAAUGAUGAACGGGGACCGCAACAACUUGCAGAUAUUGUAAGUUACCAUAUGUAGCAAUAGUGUGGAAAUGGGGUAGCCAACCGAAAUCACUAAACUGUUAGCACCCCCCCCCCCCCAAAAAAAAGAUUGUUCAGAUGAUUUUUGUUUAGUUCACAUGAGCAUUGCAAGCACCCUGUUUGGUCAUGAUUGUGUGACAUUCCUUUCUUUUUAAAAAGGCAAUAACUGGUUUGUGCUUCAAAUGCUCUAAAACUACCAGGAUAUAACUCUGUUGAAAUAUUUCUGCCUCUGAUCAUAAUAUCAUAAAACAUUACUGACUUCAUAUCUUUUCCAGUUAUUGAUUUGCAUCACUGAAAAGCUCUUGCAUAAGUAUUCCUGACCAUUUUAAGCACAUUGUUAUUGCCUCACACAAAAGGGAGGAAAAUAGUAACUUGAGUGACGCAAAAAUUCAAAUUUGUACCAUAAUUUUCUUUGGGUUGCUAACAGUUACCUUAUUAUUGGAAAUUAAUUCUCCAUGAAAUGAGGGUAUUGGAAAUAAACACAACAUAAAUUAACACAAAUUUAAUAGAAAACAACUUUUGAAUAACGGAAAUUAAUGUGAAAGAGAGCAUAACAUUUCAAAACGAAGGAAAAUUAUUAAUGCGACAUUUACAAAGAAACAAAACAGAAACAAAAGACAACAGAAACAAAGUUAAACAUACAAUCUGAAGAAGAAACUUUGUUUGUGGUACUUCCCCUAAACAUACGAAGGGGGUCAAGCAAAGAAAACUGGCCACUUCCAUGGUUCUUCACAGUUUUACUGAUACUGAUUUUUCUCAGCUAUAGGCCUUAUUUUGUUAGAAAAAUAACGGCAUGGCCAGACCUCUCUCCCAGAUCAAUCACCAGGAACUUUAAAUAGCAAUAUAGUCAUUCACCUUAUUCCAAAAUGGUGGCAAAUAAACUUCAUGAUAACUGGCCCUCAAUGCUUCAUUUGAAGGUUAAAGUUCUUUAGAAUAUUCUAGAUGCAAUAUAUGAAGGCAAUGAGCCAGGGUGAAUGAGGGCUAAGUGACAUAAAUUUAAAAGAAACUUUACUUUGUAGUAGCCAAGGCCAUUUCUGAGCUGCUCCAAGCCACUGGUUUGAAGCGAGGCUAAACGCAAAGCCAUUGAUUUGAAGAUGAUGUUUUUUUCUCAUGCAAAUGAAUCUCAUUUUCACAAGAAAGGUUUUGCUCGAGCUCUUGGCUUCAUUUCAAAAGUGAGAGUUUUUGGAACUUGGAAAUAGCCUUUUAAUAUGGCCAUCAUUUUGGCGAAUGAGUUGUAUAAGAUUAUAUUUUGAAAGACAUGUUAUCAAUGUCAUUAAUAUUAAUUUAAUAUUAUUGCUCAUGUUAUCUUUUAAUAUUAUUGCUGAUGUUAUCUCUGACCAGGGGUCAAUUUGAUAAAACUUCUACGGGAGUAAUUUACAAGUGUAGCUAUUGUUUUAGGGUCCAAAAACAAUAGCUACAUGUCUUGUAAAUUACAUUUGUUAACAUUAAAUUGACCCCAGUAGAAAGUGCUACAGUCUUUCAUUUUCCUUUUUGUCUCAGGUCCUUCCUUCUUUCUUGUAUUUCUUGUGAUACUGGAGGCAUAAUUAUUAUGUAUUUUAUUAUUUCUACAUAGGUGGCUCUUAUGACAGCAGUUCAAUUAUCCAAUGCUUCAGCUGGUAAACUUACCAGCAACAUAGUGAUGCAAUUUGUUCAGACUGCGGAAGGAAACAUAUACAGUAUGAAGGUAUAAUCUUUGCUCCAGUACUUAACUAACUUCCUAGUCAUGCCAGUGUCAAACUAUUGUAAGUUUAUAGUGGUACUUUUUGAUGCUGGAAACAAAUCGAGCACUGCACAUUGAUGAAUGAAGUAACUGGAGAAAUGGAUGGUGGCCAAGUGGUAACCACCUUGAACUUCAGAUCUGUAGUUCCCAGUCCAGGUCUUGCCCUUUCAUUGGCAGUUUCCUUAGAAAAAAAAACUUUCUCCACUUUGUCUCUCUUCAUGCUGGUGUAUGUAUAAAUGGUUACCAGCAAAAUCAUGCAGGGGCGGGGUAACCCUGUGAUGGACUGGCAUCCAUUCCAAGGGGAGUGGCAACAUUUCUAGUGCUUUACGCCACAGAAACUGUUUUAACUCUUUAAGUUCCAAGAAAGACAAACUUCAAUUAUAUUUUCUUCUCUUUAUGAAGGUUGCAUUUUACAGGUUACCUAGUAAAAUUGAUAGCUUAGCUCGCCAUGACUGUGAUUUAAGCGUACAAACUGGUAUUGGGAUAGCCUGGAAUCAAUUUUGGACUUGCUCCAACUCUCUGUCAGUUUCAAUGUCCAAGAUGGCCUGAGGGCAUUAGUCCCAAGAACAGUAUUGAAGUAUUGAACAGUAUUGAACUCGCUCUGCUUUGCAGGCUAGCAUUUGGAACCACUUAUUAAUUAUUCUUUUCUUUUCUAUUAUUAUGUUAUUAUUUAUUUAUUCAUUUAUUUUAUUUGGUCUUUCUAAUUCAUUGCCUCCUUUUUUGGUAAACGUAAUUAUUGGUAAUGUGGUGGCCAACUAGAAAACCUAAUGGUUCACUUGGCCAUCAUACUCAAACUCUGAUAUUAAUUUUAUAGCAACAUUUUCGUGUAAACAUCAAUCAAAGUCUGUAACCUAGCAUUAGUCAAAAUAUUCAGGGAAGAAUAAACUGAACUGAACUGAUUUUUGCCAGCUGUGUCCCAUGCUAAUAUUACGGUACAUCAUUAAUUUGAAAGUAGCAGGUAACCUUAGUGUUUUGUUCAUUUUGUUUUCACAGAAAUUGUUUGUUGUAGAGAGUGAUGACCCAUUAGAAAUGCAGUCAUCAUCAUCAACUCAAAGAACAGAAACCCUAUCAGCUGGAGAUGAAAAUUCAACUAUUUCAUCAAAUCAGUUAACAAAUGCGGUGUGCAUCAUUUGCCGAACACUUCCAAUCACCCGUGCCUUUCUUCCCUGUAGACAUGCAUGUGCAUGUGGACUGUGUUGUCAGCAGUUAAGCUAUUGUCCAAUGUGCCGAGCACUUAUCCAGUCGUACUUCAUAGUGCAGGAUGAACCAUUUAUUGACGAUGCUGAGUCUGGUACUAGCUCUGAACUAAAGGGAAUGUCUCUUGGAGAAAUAUUAAGAGGUGUAUUUUCUGCAAGCUAG